AUGGACGAAACCGAUUUAUCACUAUUUAAAAGUAAAAAAGAUAAACAUGACAAAGCUGAUGCCACCUGCACCACCACCACCAACACCUCUAGCUCAACUAAAGAAACAGUAGAGAAAAAAGUUCUCUUCUCACGACCCACUAAUGAAGAUGUUUAUAAUUGCGAUAAUCCCCAUGCGGGUAUUGCACUCAUUUUCAAUCACAAAGAUGUCAAGGGUCAAAAGCAAAGAGUGGGCACCGAACAAGAUCGUGAUGCUGUUGAGCGUUCUCUUUUGAAUUACGGUUAUGAUGUGAGAGUUUUUAACGAUUUGACAUUUGCUGAAUUAAGUGAUGUUUUAAAGAAAAGUGAGUGA